AUUUUGUAUUAGAUCAAGGGAAUGGGGCUUGUUUUUCUGCAAUAUUUGAUGCUAGUAAAAUAUUUGGUAGUAGUGAUAUUUGGAUAGUAGGUGAUUCAUUUUUGAAAAAUGUUUACACUGCAUUCCAUUUAG